UUGCGGCACGGUGCGUUAAAAUUUUCAAACUCAGACAAAAAGCGAUGCCCGACGUUCAACCAGUUUUUCCGAGAUUACGAGUCAAAUCAGCGUGCGGUUGAAGGAUCGCAGGAAUGUCUUAAUGGCCAGUCUGUGAAGGAUGAGGAGCAGUGCUCGGGCGAUAGCUCUGACGGCGACGGAGGCCCAACAGCUGUUGAACGGAGUUUGGCAGCGAUGUUAGGGACUGAAGACAACAACAACACAUCUGAUGAUGAUUCCAAAAACGAUGCAUUUUUGGAUCGAAUUUUUUCUGAUACUGGUGCAGAUGAUAAUGGUGAGCAGCAGACUGCAGAUAUUUCGGAGAGUAAUGGAGAAGCAGAAAUGGCUGAAAGUUCCAGCGAUUCUCGCGAAAAUUUGGAGAAAGGGCUUGCCGCGCCGAACAUCCACUCUGACUAG